AUGCGGGGCGGUGGCGGCCCGAGGGAUGGUCCCCGCCGCAGGCACGCCAGCAUGGAGCAGCGAGCAGGGCCACCAGAGCUGAGACCUGCAGGACCCACCACGUACCCACAGCCUAAGGAGGGAACACUGUGGGGGCUUCUUGCCAUCUUCUCACUGCUGGCUGGACUGGCUGCAGGCAACCUGCGAAUCCCGCAUGGCAACGAGACGCUGGAGGCAGCCCCCACACCACGGGGCAUGGCCACCACCAGCCUGGCUGUAGAGGAUAGUGUGGAGGUACCACUCGCUGCUGCCUGGAGUCAGAUAUAUGGGGACAACGCAACAACAGGUGGCCCGGGCACUGCGGAUCUGGCAGAGGACCUACUGCUGCGUGCCGAGCGCUCACCGCCAGGUACUGGUAAAGCCAAGAAGGGGACACGGAAACCAUCACGGGGGGCCCGCGGGCGCAACUGCCACAUCCGCAACCUGAUGGUGAAGGUGCGUGACCUGGGCCUGGGCUUCAACUCAGAUGAGAUUGUGCUCUUCAAGUACUGCAGUGGGUCCUGCCACCGGUCACGCAGCAAUUAUGACCUGACGUUGGGCAGCCUGCUGCGGCAGCAGCUCAUCACCCCAGGACCCCAGGAGCGAGUCCUCAGCCACCCUUGCUGCCGGCCCACGCGCUAUGAGGCUGUCUCCUUCAUGGAUGUGCAGAACACGUGGCAGACGGUGGAGAAGCUCUCAGCAGCCGAGUGCAGCUGCAUUGGCUGAGGAGGGAGCUGCCAGCUCGGCCCGGCUUGAUGCAUGCUGGAGAUCCCAGCUCAUGGUGCACAGCAGAGCCGAUGCUCGAAGGAUGAAUCUGGCGGAGGCGGGUGCCCCUGGUCUUAUGUGGCCAUGAGGGACCAAGGCAAGAUGGAGCCAUGAUGGGGGUUGGGUGGCUGAGACCCCUCCUGCUCAGUGCCAAGCAGCUGGUGCCACCAGCAACAUGGGGUUCUACCUGGGUGCAAUCCCAGCUUAGCCUUGUGAGAGGAGCUGAAAGGGUUAGAGCAUCCCUGCUGCUCGCAUGGCUCUGCCAGCCUAGUGCCCACCAGCAGCGCCCAGCUCACCUGCACCCUGUCUGGAGUGGUUAGUGCUCCUGCACCCCUGCUUUAGGGAGCUGGGGCCAAGCAUUGCCCAAGUUUCAGAGGGGGACAGAAAGGGUGCAAAACCUCCCUGUCUCCACAGGAACCCUGGGGCUGGCGGUGGCUGGAGCUGCCCUGCAGGGAGGGGGUGUCUCUGAGGACAGGGGUGCAGCAGGGCCAGACCGUU